AUGUCCGCCCUCCAGAACCGCACGCAUGAGUUCCAGCAGUGCGUGGCCUCUUUCGACAAAAUCAAUAAGAACAAGCCCGGCACGCGCCAGCAGCAGCGCGUGCCGCCGCGCAAGUCCCAGUUCAGCCAGCAGGCCAGCGUGAUCGCCAAAGACAUUGCGCACACCACCGAGCUCUUGCUGAAACUCGCGCUUCUAGCCAAGCGCAAACCGCUUUUCGACGACCGCCCCGUGGAGAUCGGCGAGUUGACCUAUGUCAUCAAGCAGGACAUCUUCAAGAUCGAGCAGAGCAUCCAGAGCUUGCAGCGGCACGUGCGCGGCGGGCCGCAGGUCCCCGUGGACUCGCAGAUCUCGCAGAACCUGAAGAACGUGUUGAACUUGUUGAACUCCAAGAUGAAGAACGUCAGCGGCGAGUUCAAGGCCGUGUUGGAGCUCCGGCAGAGGAACGAGCUAGCCAACAAGUCGCGCAAGGAGAACUUCCUCUCCGCGGCGCUGACGGGGCGCCCGAACGCACAGCCUGCCGUUUUGGGCGGCGCCCACCACUUGGCCAAUUUGGGCGAGAACCCGUACUUGAUGGCGGACGCGCCGGAGCCGGCCGCGGCCGGCGGCGCGGACUUGCUUUCGAUCCCAGACCAGACGCGGCAGCUCUUGCUCAUGGAGGAGCAGAGCAGCGAGUACUUGCAGCAGCGGAGCCUGGCCGUGGAGACCAUCGAGGCCACGAUCAACGAGGUGGGCAACUUGUUCCUGCAGUUGGCCACCAUGGUCACGGAGCAGGGCGAGGCCAUCCAGCGGAUCGACCAGAACGUCGAGGACAUCGACAUGAAUAUCUCGGGCGCGCAGCGCGAGCUCUUGAAGUACUACGCGCACAUAUCCAGCAACCGCUGGAUGUUCUUGAAGGUGUUUGGUGUUUUGCUCGUGUUUUUCUUUCUCUGGGUGGUGGUCAGCUGA